AAUUGGAGUGCGGUCCAAAAUUCAAAAUGGCGGACCGAAACGCUUUUUGAUACCGCAUUGCUGCGCUUCUUGAAAACAUAAUGUUUUGAUUUCCGAUCAACAUUUAGUGUUUUGGCCGCCAAUGUCAAAUUGUAUCAAAAUAAAUAUUGUCGCUAUACAUAAUUCAGACAGAAACUUCUAAAGUAGCUCCAGAAAAUGGAUCCAAUAGUUGUGAAGACAGAAAUGCAGAGUAACGGAGAAAUUUUGCUUUUCUAUGUUGACGAAAAUGGGGGCAAUGAAGAAGGAGUACUAACAACAGUUGAAAGUAUAGAGAACCAAGCAAUACAGCUUCAGCAGGAUACAUCUUUCAUUAUACCAGAUGGUGUUCCUAAUGAAAUCAAAAUAGAACAACUACAGCAAGACAACUGGACCGAGGACCAAACUAAAAGACUCCUUGUCUUCUACAAUGACAAUAAACAGACAUUCAUAACAGGCUCUACAAAAAAGAACCAUCUUUGGACUGUAGCCUGUAAAACAAUGCUCGUUGGAAAAAACCCAAAUGCUUGUGAUGCAAAACUCCAAAGCUUGAAAGAGAAAUACUUUGAAAUCUGUGGACACAUACAAAAAGGGGUCUAUGUAAAAUGGCCAUACUUUGAACUGUGUCAUCAAGUAUUUCAUGAUGAAAGUGCUGUUAUAACAGUUGAAACAUUGACAUCCCCAUCUGAGACUCAAGUCAUCAAAGUCCCUGCAUUACAACCCAAUAAUGUUGAGAAUGUUAUGGUGGUAAAGAAAGUUAAUAGUCGCUCCAAGGUCAAUGAAAAUGUCGAAACUAUGUUGAAUCUGUAUUUGAAAUACAAGAAUAACUUUCAACAAGAGUAUUGGCGACGGGGGUUAUGGGUAACCAUUGCUUCGGAGAUAGGAGAAGAAGACGGAGAGUACUGGCAGAAACGGUUCUUGAACUAUAAGCAGCAUUAUCUAAGGCUAUUAGACAAGAGACGAGAAAGUGGCUCCGAAGGCAUCAACUGGCCAUACAUGGAUUUAUUUGACAAGAUCUUUGAAGGUGACGAGGAAUUCCAUAGAAAAUACUUAAGUGAUGAAUACAGAAUGAUUGAGAGUGAAGCUAUAUCGGAAACAGAACCUCCUCCUGAAGUCGAAGACUGGAAUACUACGGAAGUGACAGUUCUGGUCAAAUAUUGCUAUGAUUGCUUUGACGAGUUUGAGGAUCCUACUAUACCUAACAACUUCUUAUGGAAUGAGAUUGGUAGAUUACUUGACAAGACUGCUGAAGCUUGCAAGGAAAAAUACCAAGAACUCAAAAAGCAGCAUUUAGAAAAAUAUAUCGAAGGUGGAUACGACUUACGGAAUAGAAACCCAAUGGCUAUACUAUUCGACAAUAUAAUAUCCAAAGAAAUACAAGUCCAAAUAGCUAAGAUUAUGAACAAACCUGAACAAUUGGAGGUAUGGAAGACAGACGAAUUGGACGAACUGGUGCAAUUCUUUUAUGACAACAUAGAAAUGUAUAAAGACUUGAUUUGUCACUUUGUCUGUUGGGCAGCCGUUAUAAAGAAGUUGAAUCGGAAUUUGCAAAGCUGUAGGAGUCAGUGGGAGGAUCUUCUAAGUCUGUAUAAGACAAUUUUGAAUGAUAAAAAAGAGAACCCGGAUAUGCAGAUUGAUUGGAGAUAUAUUGAAGUUUUUGAUAGAAUAUUUGAUUAUGGUAUGGAUGCUAACUUGUUGGAUGGAUAUGAGAUAAAUAAAGGGAAUGAACAACAGAAAAAUAAUAGUGGGAAGAUUGGUGUUAAGAGAGUUAACAUAAAAAUGGAAGAUACUGCUGAAGAUUACUCCGAGGACGAAGAAUCGUUUGACGAGCGUGGCUUUACGAAACGCUCAAAACGCCGCUCUGGCGACUCUAAAGCCUUUAAAAUACUGGAAUAUUACCAGAAAAACAAAGAUAAGUUCUCCACAACUAACCGAAACAAACAUUCUCUCUGGGAAGUGUUAGCUAAACAGAUAGGUAUAUCCGCCACUCAAUGUGCCCAUAGAUUCAGAAACCUAAAACAAGUCUACACAGCCUACGUUCAAAGAGAGAUCAACAAACCAGAGAUGCCCAUACUCUGGCCUUACUACGCUCUGUGCAAAAAGGUAUUUGGUUACCGAGCGAUAAAGUCCAAGCUUAAGAACGGCAAACUUGACUCUGAUGACAGCGAAGACUGGUCCGCUAAAGAAAUAAAACUUUUAAUCAACUAUUUCUCACAGCACUUCGAUGAAAUAAACAGUAAUGUUGAUGAUAACUCAAAAUGGUCGGACUUAGCUGGCGACAUAGGUAAAAGUGAGAAUUCUUGUAAGGAGAAGUUUUUAGAACUUCGCAAGUCUUACAGGAAGUUGAAGACCAUGAGGACUCGGAAUCCGGAUGUGAAGAUAUCUUGGAAGUAUUUUAACAUGUUUGAGCAGAUCUAUAGUGCUAAAGAGGAUGGACAGGAAGCUAUGCAGGUGGACGAUGAGCAAGGGACUUACUUGACUAUUGAGGGUUCUGAUGAGAAAGUGGAACAAGAAGAAGACGACUAUCAAUGCAUUAUAGUGCUACCAGAAGGAGAAGAUAUAUCACAGAUAGACUCAGCUCAAAUCAUAAUCCAGGGCCCAGAGCAUCAAGACCAAGAAAUUACAGAGAACACAUCAGAUUACAUUGAACAAGCUGAUCAAACAGAACAAACCGAAGUUGUAGGUCCCAAACCACUUCUUAAGUGGACUAAACGCACAAAGAAACGCCUUCUAAUCUUCUAUAUAAAUUAUGUAAGAUCUCACAAAGGCAAAGAAAUUAACCCCAAAGAUAUGUGGGCAGAUAUUGCCGCGAAGUUAGGAGAUAAAACACCACUCUCCUGUAGAAAAAUGUUCGCGAAGCUCAAGGCUAAUCACAAUGAUACUAAACAGAUCGAUGAAAUUGACCCUAACGUGAAAAAGACUCCAUAUUUCACAUUAAUGGAAAAAGUAAUGCGUUUGAAACCGAAGUUCUUGAAAACUGAACAAAAUAAGGCUUUGAAAGAUGGAAAGGUAUACAAAGAUGUCGUUUUACCUGAUAGCAAAGUAGAACAAGCGUUGCAGUACUACUUGGAAAAUAUAGAGGAUUUCGUCAGCCCAAGAUAUGAGAAAAAGUACCUAUGGACCGAACUAGCAAAUUACGUUUGCGAACCUGUGACUAAAGUCUUCAAUAAAAUCAACUAUUUGAAACAAGCAUACAAUUUAAAUACAGAUGAGGUGGCUGGAGAGAAAACACCAUUUUCAGAUCUUUUAAAAAGUAUUUUGACAAGAGAAGAGGCUGUGAAACUUUUACUAGAAAACACACCAAAACCAAUUGUUGAAGACUCAGGAAUUGAGGAAACUUGGACCGAUGAAGAAACCGAACAACUUCUAGAAUGGUAUCUAAGCAACCUAGACAAGUUUAAGAACCCCAAAUAUAUAAGGACCUAUCUUUGGCUGGAGAUUUCUGAAAUGCUCAGCAAGAGUGCUAUAACAUGUUCAAAGAAAAUGUCCGAGAUUCGAACUCAGUACCGAACGAUGGUAAGAGAAAGACCAGAGGAACUGAAUCAAUGGAGGUUCUUGGACUUGUGUCAAAAGAUAUAUGGGACGGGAAAGAAAGGGAAGUCUGAUGAAUGAUAUUUGGAGUUCCUUGUAGGUUAGUGCCAAUAAAAGUGAUGCAAUUUAUUCAUAUAUUCUGGAUGUAUACAGUUGGAUUAUAAUCCGACUUGUUAGUUGUAUUAGUCGACGCAUGUAGAGAGAACCCGCUAGGAUCCACUAGCACCUCGGAGUUCUAUUUACCUGAGUCAGAUUAUCUAUACUUUGAAGUUCAGCAAAUAAGUCCCAUUGAAUUAAUUAAAUUCUUAAUAACUUAAAUCUAGAUGUUUCAUAAAAUAUAGUGAUCUAGAGUCAUAACUGAAUAUUUAAGCCACUCUCAAGUCUUAAGCUUCCAUUAAACAGACAACUUUAUUUAAAGGCGACUUAAAAUUUGUUUUACUAGCCCAUGCAUUCAUUUAUAUUCGAAUAUUAACAGAAAGGUUGUCUUAAGUUUUACUUUAUGAAAAGGAGUAUUUGUUUCAUGAACGUUUUUACAUAUGACAAGCAACAUAAGCAGUUUCUAAAUAAACUAAAAUUGUUAAAGAAGAAACACUUUGUUGAUAAUGAGCUAGCCAAGGGCUACGGCGGUAUCCCCACCACAUCUGAAAGCAAAUCUAUGUUAUUGUGGGAGAGAGACAGCGUUCUACGACGCAGUCGUGCCGUCUCGCUUCUACGUCCAAUUUAAAGUAAGCUUAGUCAGGUACACUUUCCUCUACAUAAAUGACCAGUGGUCGAUAGGAUUUCUGCCUACCCCCUUGUAAAGAUAGGUAUCAUGUUAAGUUUGAAAUGUUUCAUAUUAUGACCACAAAGAUUGUGUCACUAUAAAUCGGACGUUAUGUAAUAAUGAAAUUAUGUCAGCAUUAUUUUAAGUUAAUUGAAUUAAGUUGUAGUGUUGUAUAUUAUUUUAUUAAUUUUAAUAAAAACUAUGACGGCACGUUGUGGUCUUUUUCACUUAGUGAUACCCUAC